GCGGCGGAGGUGGUGAAGAGUAAGAAAAUUGAAGUCAAAGAUCAUGGGAGAUGCCACAAAACCUUAUUUUGUGAGGCGUGCUAAAGAGCGAGGGACUGCAGAUGAUGAGGAUUUCAGAAGGGGUCACCCCCAACAAGAUUAUUUAAUAAUGGAUGAUUAUGCUAAAGGCCAUAGCAGUAAAAUGGAAAAAGGCCUUCCAAAAAAAAAAGGAACACCAGGGAACUAUGGGAAUACCCCCAGAAAAGGACCAUAUGCUGUUUCUAGCAAUCCAUAUGCAUUUAAGAACCCAAUUUACAGUCAACCCGCUUGGAUAAAUGACAACCACAGAGAUCAGAGUAAAAGGUGGCUUGAUGAACUUGCUGGUAAUUCAGACAGUUGGAGAGAAUUCAAACCUGGACGUAGAAUUCCUGUUACAAACCGACCAAGAAGAGACUCUUUUCAAGAAAGUGAAGAUGGGUAUAGGUGGCAAGAUGGAAGAGGGUGCAGAACUGUAAGACAACUAUUUCAUAAAGACCUGACAAGCCUCGAAACUAUGUCAGAAAUGGAAGCAGGAAGCCCUGAAAACAAGAAGCAGAGGUCCAGACCUAGGAAGCCACGGAGGACUAGAAAUGAGGAAAAUGAAAAGGAUGGAGACUUGGAAGGCCCUGUGAUUGAUGAGUCUGUGCUUUCAACUAAGGAGCUACUGGGCUUACAGCAGGCUGAGGAGCGAUUGAAAAGAGACUGCAUUGACAGGCUGAAAAGGCGACCGAGAAACUACCCUACAGCAAAGUACACCUGCAAACUCUGUGAUGUUUUAAUUGAAUCCAUUGCAUUUGCUCAUAAGCAUAUCAAAGAGAAGAGACACAAGAAAAACAUUAAGGAGAAGCAGGAAGAAGAGUUGCUCACCACGUUACCCCCGCCUACACCCUCCCAGAUAAAUGCGAUUGGUAUUGCCAUUGACAGAGUGGUACAGGAGUUUGGCUUACACAAUGAGAACUUGGAACAGAGACUAGAAAUUAAACGUAUCAUGGAAAAUGUGUUCCAACACAAGUUACCAGAUUGUUCUCUGAGAUUAUAUGGGUCAUCCUGUAGCAGAUUGGGUUUCAAAAAUUCGGAUAUAAACAUUGACAUUCAAUUUCCAGCCAUUAUGUCUCAGCCAGAUGUUCUCUUACUUGUCCAAGAAUGUUUAAAGAACAGUGACUCUUUUAUUGAUGUUGACGCAGAUUUCCACGCUAGGGUGCCAGUGGUGGUGUGCAGAGAAAAGCAAAGUGGUCUUCUUUGUAAAGUGAGUGCAGGAAAUGAAAAUGCUUGUCUGACAACAAAUCAUUUAACUGCCCUUGGAAAACUGGAAUCAAAGCUGGUUCCUUUGGUGAUUGCAUUUAGGUACUGGGCAAAGCUUUGCAGUAUAGAUCGCCCUGAAGAAGGAGGUUUGCCACCUUAUGUGUUUGCUCUGAUGGCCAUUUUCUUUCUUCAACAGAGGAAAGAACCCCUUCUGCCUGUUUAUCUAGGAUCAUGGAUUGAAGGAUUCUCAUUAAACAAACUAGGGAAUUUCAACCUUAAAGAAAUUCAGAAAGACUCUGUGGCCUGGGAGUACACUGAUAAUGCUGCAGGGGACGCAGACUCAGCAAAAGAAGAGGCACCAAAAGAAAUGCCCAUUAAAAGGGGACAGGUAUCAUUAAUAUUUGAUUUAAAACACCAGCCUUCAGUACCAGUUGGGCAGCUCUGGGUGGAAUUGCUUCGAUUCUAUGCUUUAGAAUUUAAUUUGGCUGAUUUAGUGAUAAGUAUCCGUGUCAAAGAAUCGGUAUCUCGUGAAUCAAAGGAUUGGCCCAAAAAGCGCAUUGCCAUUGAAGAUCCCUACUCUGUUAAAAGAAAUGUGGCAAGGACCCUAAAUAAUCAACCUGUGUUUGAAUAUAUACUUCAUUGUUUAAGGACAACGUAUAAAUAUUUUGCUCUUCCACACAAAAUUACAAAAUCCAGCCUUCCAAAGCCUCUGAGUACUGAUACCUGUACUUCCAAACAUUCUAAAGAAGUAGCAAAACGUGAUCCAGAUGUACAAGCGAAAGAUGAUAAACUCAAAACCUCAGUUUUGGCUCAAGGUCCUGGUGCUGCCAGUUUAACUGUGAGCACCUGCAAGGUACCAUCACUUACUCUUAAAGAGACUGCUGAAAGCUUUGAAAGUCCAUCGACAGAGGAAAUGGGAAACACACACAUCAGCGUCCACCUGGAAAACUCAGACUAUAUCAAGGCAGAGGUCACUUGCGAUGACUCUGAGGAUGUUAAAGUACAUCAUCAAGAAACAGGAAGUAAAGAUGAGAAAGAAAAAUGUGGAAUGGAGGGCAAGCAUCCUUUGACUGCUGAUGGUCAAGCUUUAAGUAGUAGCAAACGUGGAGAGCUUGUCAUCUGUGGCAGCCCAGGAAGUGACGAGACUCAUGGCACUUUGCAUUUAAAAGGCUUCGAAAAUCCUACAGCUAAAGGGUGUGACGAAUUUGCUACUUUAGAUGACAAGGCUGAUGUUGAUGAAGAAAGCAUUGAAGGUACAGAUGAACUUGGAGAUGCUCUAAGCCAUUUUACCCCUUCAAGACAGGGCCAGACAUCAGGAAUCAUUCACUCUGAUGAAGAAGAGGAGGAGGAAGAGGAGGAGGAGGAAGAACCCAGGCUCUCCAAUUCCCGAAGGGAAGAUGAGGAUGAUGUUGCUAACGAAGAUGAGUUAGACAACACCUACACUGGAUCAGGGGAUGAGGAUGCCCUGUCUGAAGAGGAUGAGGAAUUAGGUGGAUCUGCUAAGUAUGAAGACUUGAAAGAAUGUGGAAAACACCAGGUGGAUGGAAAUCUACUAAUGGAACUUAAUAAAAUCAGUCUUAAAGAAGAAAAUGUAUGCGAGGAAAAUUCAACUGCGGAUCAGUCUGAUUUCUUCUAUGAAUUUAGUAAACUCAUCUUCACCAAAGGCAAGUCUCCUACAGUAGUAUGCAGUUUAUGCAAACGAGAGGGUCAUCUAAAGAAGGACUGUCCCGAAGACUAAAGAAUCCAGCUGGAACCUUUGCCACCAUUAACACCCAAAUUUUCAAAUAUCUUAGAUCAAGUUUGCAUUCAGUGUUAUAAGGAUUUUUCUCCAACAAUUUUAGAAGAUCAGGCACGUGAACAUAUUCGGCAAAACCUAGAAAGUUUCAUAAGACAAGAGUUUCCAGGAACUAAACUGAGCUUGUUUGGCUCCUCCAAAAAUGGAUUUGGGUUCAAACAGAGUGACCUUGACGUCUGUAUGACAAUUAAUGGACUUGAAACUGCUGAGGGGUUGGACUGUGUAAGAACUAUUGAAGAAUUGGCAAGAGUCCUCAAAAAACAUUCAGGGCUGAGAAACAUCUUGCCUAUUACAACAGCAAAGGUGCCAAUUGUAAAGUUCUUCCAUUUGAGAAGUGGUCUGGAAGUGGACAUCAGUUUGUAUAACACAUUGGCCCUUCAUAACACAAGGCUCUUAUCUGCUUAUUCAGCCAUUGAUCCCAGAGUGAAAUAUUUGUGCUAUACCAUGAAAGUAUUUACAAAGAUGUGCGAUAUUGGCGAUGCUUCUAGAGGCAGCUUAUCGUCAUAUGCAUACACGCUUAUGGUGCUAUAUUUUCUCCAGCAGAGGAACCCACCAGUCAUUCCUGUCCUUCAAGAGAUAUAUAAAGGUGAAAAGAAACCUGAAAUAUUUGUUGAUGGCUGGAAUAUUUAUUUUUUUGAUCAAAUAGAUGAACUGCCCACCUAUUGGCCAGAAUAUGGAAAAAAUACAGAAUCUGUUGGGCAGCUAUGGUUGGGACUUCUUCGUUUCUACACAGAGGAAUUUGAUUUUAAAGAACAUGUUAUUAGCAUCAGGAGAAAAAGUCUGCUUACAACUUUUAAGAAACAGUGGACAUCAAAAUACAUUGUUAUUGAAGAUCCAUUUGAUUUGAAUCAUAAUCUUGGAGCUGGAUUAUCAAGGAAAAUGACAAAUUUUAUAAUGAAAGCAUUUAUAAAUGGGAGAAGAGUAUUUGGUAUUCCAGUCAAAGGAUUUCCAAAGGACUACCCCUCAAAAAUGGAGUACUUUUUUGAUCCAGAUGUGCUAACUGAAGGCGAGCUGGCCCCAAAUGAUAGAUGUUGCCGAAUUUGUGGGAAAAUUGGACACUUCAUGAAGGACUGUCCUAUGAGGAGAAGAGUGAGGCGACGGCGAGAUCAGGAAGAUACACUGAACCAAAGAUACCCCGAGAACAAAGAGAAAAGAAGCAAAGAAGACAAAGAAAUUCAAAACAAGUACACAGAGAGGGAGGUAUCAACAAAAGAAGAUAAGCCCAUGCAGUGCACACUUCAGAAAGCCAAGCCAGUGAGAGCAGCUGUUGACCUGGGGAGAGAGAAAAUUCUCAGGCCACCAGUGGAAAAAUGGAAGAGACAAGACGACAAAGACUUAAGAGAAAAACGUUGUUUUAUUUGUGGAAGAGAAGGGCAUAUUAAAAAGGAAUGCCCACAGUUUAAAGGCUCUUCAGGUAGCCUUUCCAGUAAAUAUAUGACUCAGGGAAAAGCCUCAGCGAAGAGGACCCAGCAGGAAUCAUGAGGGAAGGAAAAGGCUGCACUCUAAAUGGCCACUCAGGCGUUCCUAUUCACUUUGAAAAUUAGGUUCAUUUCACAGGACACAGCAGCAUAGAUCAGGCUUCAACUUAACAUUUAAGGGAAAUGUCCGAUUUUUUUUUUUAACUUAAUGAAAUUGUUAAUGAGGAAAAAAAAUUUUUAUAUAGUCUUACCUACUACAAAUCCCUGUAGAUUUAAGGAUUUUAAUAGAAAGCCAUGAUGUAUGUAUUGAAGACAGGUUUUAAAAAAAAAUGUAAUUAUGGGCCAGUAUUCAGGAAUACAAUUUCAUGCUUUUUAAUUCUUUCAAAGCACACUAAAAUUGGUGUGCUGAUGAAC